UCAACGCUUAAGUAACUGUGGGCGGGGGGAAAAGGGGCAGAUUCGUGGUAGGGAGGACCGCCGCUCGUGCCACUGGAGGUUCUCAGGGACGAUCAACAGGGAGUGCAACCGACGACAGAGCUACGAGCUGGGGGAAUGAGAGCUGCUAGAAUCCGCUCCAAUCCUCCUCGACCAAGGCUCCUACCCGCCUGACAAUUACCGGGACACAAUCUUCAGAGAACCAGCUUUCUUACGAAUCCAAUAUCGGUGACUGCUUGCAAUCAUGGAGCUCAGAGUGGGGAACAAAUACCGGCUUGGACGAAAGAUAGGGAGCGGUUCCUUUGGAGACAUUUACCUUGGUGCCAACAUUGCCACUGGUGAGGAGGUAGCCAUCAAACUUGAAUGUGUAAAGACCAAACACCCGCAGUUGCACAUUGAGAGCAAGUUCUACAAAAUGAUGCAAGGAGGAGUGGGUAUUCCGUCGAUCAAGUGGUGCGGUGCCGAGGGAGACUAUAACGUAAUGGUGAUGGAGCUCCUCGGACCCAGUCUUGAGGAUCUUUUCAACUUUUGUUCCCGAAAGUUCAGCCUGAAGACGGUCCUACUUUUGGCAGACCAAAUGAUAAGCCGUAUUGAGUACAUCCACUCCAAGAAUUUCAUUCACCGUGAUGUAAAACCAGACAACUUCUUAAUGGGGCUUGGCAAGAAGGGCAAUCUUGUGUACAUCAUUGACUUCGGCCUGGCCAAAAAGUACCGUGACGCCCGCACGCACCAGCACAUCCCCUACAGGGAGAACAAGAACCUGACAGGCACGGCGCGCUAUGCUUCAAUCAACACACAUCUUGGAAUUGAACAAUCCAGACGCGAUGACUUGGAGUCCCUCGGCUACGUCCUCAUGUAUUUCAACCUGGGGUCCUUACCCUGGCAAGGACUCAAGGCGGCGACCAAGAGACAGAAGUAUGAACGAAUCAGUGAGAAGAAAAUGUCGACGCCGAUUGAGGUUCUUUGCAAAGGGUACCCUUCGGAGUUCUCCACAUACCUAAAUUUUUGCCGAUCACUGCGAUUUGAUGACAAGCCAGAUUACUCCUACUUGCGACAGCUCUUCAGAAAUCUCUUCCACCGGCAGGGCUUUUCCUAUGAUUAUGUUUUCGACUGGAACAUGCUGAAGUUUGGAGCCACGCGGACGACCGAAGAGGGAGACCGGGAAAGGAGGACUGGCGAUGAGAGGGACGAUCGGAUCGGCGUUGCUCCCAGGGGUUCCGCGGCACGAGGUCUCCCGCCAGGUCCCAACCCUGGACCUGCCAACAGAGUCAGAAACGGACCAGAACAGGCCAUCUCUAACCCUGCUUCACGGGUCCAACAGUCUGGAAACACAUCGCCUCGCGCCAUUUCACGUGCAGAGAGGGAAAGGAAGGUGAGCAUGCGGCUCCACCGCGGGGCUCCAGCUAACGUGUCGUCCUCCGACCUUACGGCCCGUCACGACCAAUCCAGGAUUUCCACAUCACAGGUGAGCGUGCCAUUCGAGCACAUGGGCAAAUGAAAUCUCCUUGGCUCUGCAUGAACUUGAAAGUGACAGGGCUGCAAGGUAAUAUGUUGCUUUGUCCCCUUCCUUCAUUUUUACUACGACUCCAAAAGAUUGACGCCAAUGGACACGUGGGUCUUUGGAAAAGUACAGCAAAUUCCAACAGGAUCCAGGGAAGUACUUUUUCUAGUAGCCAGCAUCCGGUCUUUUCUGAAACCUCUGCGAAACCUUGGAUCGUCAUCAUGCCGAUGCAAAAAGUGACAGCGCUCCAUCAUGGUUGCUCGUGACUGCCGGUCUCCUCCUCGAAACAUAACCCCAGCAGUGUUUUCUAUCCGAUGACUGAGAGGAACUUGUGACAACAAUGAAGCAAAAGGACGAAGGGCAAAAAGCAUGUUUAAUUUCAAAAGUCAACUACCGCCCACCCCACCCCCCACUAUUUUUAUUUUUUUUAGUCUUUGUGGAGAUUUCACCCUUUUGGGGAAUGAUGGAAAAGAGAAGUUUGCGAUAGUUGUGUUUUGAAAGACAGAAGAGGUUCAAAAGGUCAUGUUCCUGUUUCCUGUGAGUUGCUUGCUCCAUAAAUUACUGUCCUUCGAAUCUCAAACCAUCAAAAAUAUCCAGUACUGAUUUCUUCAUCACUUGUGUGCUCAGUUCUCUUAAUUAAAAGUUAUCACAAUAGUUGUUUAAGAAAAAAAACAGAAACACUCCCAAGGUCUUGAGGCAAAAUCCUCAAAUGACCAGUGUAUUUGACCAGACACCGUUGCACCCUUGUUGUAACCAACAAAGAUUAGCUGCAAUUUUUAUGAUAAUUAUUACUGUUAAGUGUUUUUUAAAUGUUAUUUUUACCUUUAGGGGAAAUAGGGGAGUUGGCAGACCCCAUUAAAAAUAAUUUAGGAGGGUGGGGCAUCCAUUUUUUUAUGUUUACAUCACUGUAAAUAUUUUUAUUUUUUAAAUUUUGAUGUAAAAGCCAAAAUGUGUUUUCUGUUUUAAGGUGUAAAGUAGAACAUUGCAUAAGAAUGGGAUGAGUUAAAAAGUUUUGGUAUUUAAAGUACAGUACUACAUUUUGGACAUCGAUGUUGCUCUGCCAGCUGGGUCAUGAAUGUGUUGUGUGCGUGUUUCAAACUUUCGGUGUGUGAGAGUGCAACUGGCGGUAUAAUCCUCAAUAAGAGCUCAAGGUUAAUUUUAUGUCUUUUGGGUUGUUUUUCGUUCCACUAUUUAUGUUAAUUUUUUUUCAAAAUGUGUCUUUCGGUUUGUCACCAGAAGUAACCUGUGCCAUGUUUUGUCCUGGUUUCUCUUUUCUUCCCCGUCAAAUGCUGUCUGAUCACCUUGUAACACAGGGCUUUGUAGAGUCCCGCCGCAGAAAUAAGUCCAAUACCUGAUGUCACCUUUUUAGUUUUUAAGCUCCUGCAAUUUUUUUUGAUGAUGUCAUUACGAUGAAACUGACUGCAUUGCAGGGAUGUGUAAAUAGCUUGGUACUGUGUGUAAUUACCUUUGUACAGGGCACCAUGACCCAGCGGCAAUGUAACUACUGUAUAUACGCGCGUGUGUUUGGGGAGGGUGGAAUAGGUUAAGGUGACAGAAUUUCACUUUAUGUAUUGUGUACUGAUCUCUUGUACAGUUCUUUAACACUUUAUUUACAACAGUAUUUGUGUAUAUUUUAUGACGUAAUAAAACCGAAUCUCACAA